UUCCUUCAUGACAUCUUUGUCUGCGCUUAGGGCCACCCGAUGCUACACGGGGAAGUAAGUGUGCAAGAUGCCAACGAAGAAGACCCAUCAGUUCAGUAACAGCGUGUGGGAGAAGCCGGAUGUAAUGCACAUCCUUUUCAAAGGCGAGGAUCCGCAGCUACUGACUCACCCAGUGUACGAGGGAGCUGUUGCCGAAGACGAUACUGCCGCUCUCCGGAGGAAACAGAAAGUGACACCUACGGAUGUUGUGGAGAACCCUUUCAAGUCUUUGAAUUUCGCAGACAUUGGAAACCUCAGUCAGGGGGGGACUGUGUACAAGGACUGCGAGAGCAAUCCUAAUCAGUUAUGCAGUCAACUUCUUUUCUUUUGUGGUGUGGUGGAUGCCGUGUUGUUUCUUGGCAAGCUGCACGCGCAGGUGGUGUGGAAUCUGCUUCACAGCGGAAGGCGUGUCUUAGCGGUGGAGGGGAACUCAACGCAACUUGAAUACACCAUGCAGUUUGUUGCCCAUGAAGUCCAGUCUGGGGCUUACGAGUGCGAUUUCAACCAUGUUACCUCAAAUAAAUGGUUGGAAGUAUCCUCUGCGUUCUACAGCCUUCCGUCGAGCCCGUCAUUGAAACAAUGUCACGCAUGUUGGGAGUUGUCUGCGAUUACGCCGACGGCUAGAGUUGUGAAGCGCAAGUCUCACGGAAAGGACGACGAAGGGGAUGGUCAUGGUGGCGGUCAACACGGAUCGGGGGGGGGGAGUGAACAACGCUCGGCGAAACGGCGGUCUCCAGAGCACGAAGGUGGCGGAGAGGGGAAAAAGGGCAGCGGAGAGAAGAAAAAGCCUCACAGCGGAGAGAAGAAAAGGCAUCAUAGCGGAGAUGGGCAGAGGUCCAACGUCGACGGGGAUGAGGACGGUGCGACAUUGGCGGUAACACGCAGCACCUCAAUGGAGACGGGAAAUGACUUUAGGCCUGGGUGGAUUCCGUGGCCUGGCGAACAGGACUUUGUAAUUAGCUCCGCCAGUGCGACACAUAUUAUCGCUUUGGUUGUCGGGACAGUUGUUGCGACAGAUGGCACUUGCCCUGCUCAGGUCCAAACGCAAAUUGUGGAUUGUCUCGGAUCAUUCCGAACCACGGAAACGACGUCGUUGUCUGGAACUAAGUGCCUUGUGGGAAGCGAGACGACAACAUACCUCGGGUCCAACUGCGACAACCAAGAACCAUUUUCCGUUCCGCCGCAUCAGGAAGUUCGGAUUAAUCCGAACAUGGAUGCCAAUACCGUCAGGACAGCACACCGGUCUACGAAACUCGAAUGGACGGGUCGGGUUUCCGAACACCCUGCCGGCGAAAUUCGGAUUCAUCCGAACCAGGAGCACGUGACAACUACGACGACCGAUCGGUGUAAGGAUGCCGAGAUGUUGUGUGUGGAAGUCCCCAAGGAGUUGCAGGAAGACCGUUCGUGUUUUGAAGUCGGUGUUCAAGACAAUGCCAUGGAGUCCCUUGAGGGUCAGUUAGCGCCCACUUCCAUUCUCGAGUCCCGCACACUCGGAGAGGAAUGCCCUGUUACAGUAUGCGCUUCGUUGGCAGUUUCUGCGGUGAAAGCGGACACGUCCGUGCCAUUAGACUCCGUCGGGACUCGGAUGAAUCCGAACCUGGGCGACGUGAGCAUGUCGAUCGAUGAUGGUGCUUUGGAGACCGUCGUAAUUCGGAUGCAUCCGAAGCAGACAGACGAUGGGCUCGAACUGCACGGUGUCAAGGGUUGUGGACAUGUCACGACUUUCGACAAAGCGAACGGGUACUCGCCACUGCAUUCCGCUGGGGCUCGGAUUGAUCCGAAGCCCAGCGACGACCCCUUGUACUCUGGCCUUCACGAUGUGGCUAUAGGAGAGAAUAUUCUGAAGAAGGCCUCCGACGCUGUUAAAGAUGGUUUGUUGUAUUUAAGUGAGGACGACAAAGACACUGCGCACGAGGACAAUAAGUUCGAAGGGGAAGAAGUGCUAUUGGACAUCGAUGGGACCUUGAGCCCGACACAAUACGACACUGGGAAGAAAUCACAACAUGUUAACGUUGUAGACCUCGACUCGCUAAGUCCGGAGAAGAGCGGAAUAAAAUUGUCUGUCGCGGGCAUAGAGGAUUUGCAUCAUCGGGAAGAAGUUAUGCCGUCUCCGAUCAUCGACACCAACAUCUCAAACCUAUCACGUUUCCCGGGUGGUUUGGAGCACGUCGUUGCGGCGUCGACGCGCAGACGUUCGCCAAUCGUGUUGGGACUACCAUCGGUGGACUCUGGUGACGUGGAAGCUAAGCCUGGUAAGCACUGAAUUUCUUUGCUUGCUUCCCGCUCGUCAACCCGUUCGUGAGGUGUUGUUUACUUCGUUGCUUUCGGGAAGUUGUAUAGACAACCGCCAACUGAACGUUACCGGUGGGGUUCGUGAGGUGCUGUUUGCUUCGUUACUCUUGCGAAGUUGUGUUGUCAGCCGCCAACUGAACGUUAUCGGUGGAUAUCUUAACCGAUGCUUAUUGUAGUCGAACAUGAUGUGCUAUUUCUUGUACAGGUUGAUGCACUCGUGGAGAAACGCACAUGUUGCAGGAGCCUUCUGCGCCCAUGAAGUUGUCAGUCCUGGUUGCGGGAGGCACUAGACGUGGCGAUGUCACUGAUUCCCUUUAUGGGGAUAAGAAGCCUCGGGGGCCUCCCGAACGGGUGGUUGUGCCCAUAAUAGGUCCACGCGCGAAACUCGUUGCAGAGGCAAUUGGUGUUACCGAGAAGGACUGCAAGGAAAUCCUUCUCGAAGCUUGCAAGGAUAUAAAGAAGGACAGUGCUAGUUCAUAAUCAACUGUGUAUAGAAAG